GCUCACAUUCUCACCGCUUCUUCAAAAGGAGGAAUCAUCACAACUGUUCGAUCACUCCAUCUUAUCACUCUCGUCUACCUUCCGGCCAUUGUCCGCCAGCCACCAGUAUCUCACCUUCGACCCCUGCCAUCCUAUCUCACCCUCACCAACUGGACACUUCCUCCUCUCUUCAACAUGGUUCACCUGGGCAAAAUUGCCACCGACAAGGACGUCGCCGACCGAGCACCCGCUGCCAUCGACGAGUCGAAGCUAGGAGCUCCCGGUCAAGAUGAAUUCACCGGCAGUGUUUACGGCUCUAGGUUUGCGGCUGCAGAUUUGCCCAAGCACGAGAUGCCAGAGGAUGAGAUGCCUCGGGAAGUCGCCUAUCGUAUGAUCAAAGACGACUUGACGCUCGAUGGCACUCCGACGUUGAACCUCGCAUCAUUCGUCACCACCUACAUGGAAGAUGAAGCCGAAAAGCUCAUGAUCGAUGCCUUUUCCAAAAACUUCAUCGAUUACGAAGAGUACCCCGUUUCAGCCGACAUCCAGAACCGCUGCGUCUCUAUGAUCGCCCGCCUCUUUAACAUCCCAUCGCACGACGAAAACACCAAUGCCAUGGGAACAUCGACCGUCGGCUCCUCCGAAGCCAUCAUGCUCGCCACUCUCGCCAUGAAGAAGCGUUGGACGAACAAGCGAAAGGCCGAGGGCAAGGACUUCAGCCGGCCCAAUAUCGUCAUGAACUCGGCGGUUCAGGUCUGCUGGGAAAAGGCGGCGAGAUACUUUGAUGUCGAGGAGAAGUAUGUUUACUGCACACCCGACCGCUACGUGAUCGAUCCGGAAGAGGCGGUCAAUUUGAUUGAUGAGAACACGAUUGGUAUCUGCUCCAUCCUCGGUACAACUUACACGGGAGAGUACGAGGACACCAAAGCAAUCAACGAUCUUCUCGUGGAGAGGAACAUUGACUGCCCGAUUCACGUCGAUGCUGCGUCUGGUGGUUUCGUUGCACCCUUUGUCAACCCCAACCUCGUGUGGGAUUUCCGUCUGGAGAAGGUGGUUUCGAUCAAUGUGUCUGGCCACAAGUACGGUCUUGUGUAUCCAGGUGUCGGCUGGGUCGUUUGGCGUGAUCCGGAGUUUCUGCCAAAGGAGCUCAUCUUCAACGUCAACUACCUUGGCGCGGAUCAAGCAUCCUUCACGCUGAACUUCUCUCGUGGCGCUAGUCAGGUCAUUGGACAAUACUACCAGCUCAUCCGCCUGGGAAAGAAGGGCUAUCGUAGCAUCAUGUUCAACCUCACCCGCAACGCCGACUAUCUCGCCGCGUCGGUCCAGCAGAUGGGAUUCCUCCUCAUGUCCAAGACCCGCGGCGAAGGUCUCCCACUCGUUGCCUUCCGCCUCGACCCUGCGCAGAACCACAAAUUCGACGAGUUCGCCGUCGCUCACCGUUUGCGUGAACGCGGCUGGGUCGUGCCGGCUUACACCAUGGCUCCACACUCGGAGAAGCUCAAGAUGAUGCGUGUGGUGGUGCGCGAGGAUUUCUCGCGCAGCCGAUGCGAUGCUCUCGUGGCGGAUCUGCAGAUGGCGUUGAACGAGCUGAAGAAGAUGGACGAGAAGGCGUUGGAGCAGGACAAGGAGCACCGCCGGGCGCGCGCACAGAGAGCCGUGCAGAAGAUCAGAACCAACGGACACUUUUCGAAUGAGGAUCACAGCUUGAAGGGCAAGCACGGGAAGACCCACGCGCCUUGUUAG